UUUAUAAGAAUAUAUAGAGCAGAAGUGGUAAACAGUGCAGGGAUAUCCUGUUACGAGCGAUGCCUUCAAAUAAACACCGACACUUAGGAUGUGGCCCAGUGAUGGCUGACUCUCCGUAGCUUGUACACUUGAAGACGGUAGACGAGCCGGGAUAGACGAUCUUCUGCAUGAAUUCAUAGGAUUAUACAAGGAUCAUGAGAAUGGCUAUGAUGUAUUCCCGAGGGGUGAAACUCGUCUUUGUGUGUGUGUGCGGAACAGCCAUGGUAAUGUUUGUCGGAACUUCAUGGAUGAACAGUCACAAAGAGGAAAGAGCAGUCAUCGAUCAAUGCGGGACAAAUUUUACAGAGCUGUCCAAAUUAGAUUCUGUGAAGUCAUUACUACCAAAAGCUUCCCUCAAAUACAUGUAUAAGGCCAAUGGCUGCAAUUUUGUACCGAGGCCUUAUAAAAAACUGACGGCCAAAGAAAAUCAUCGUAAGAACAGAUGUGUAGAGAAUUUCAAAUUGGACCAUGCUCGUGGUAAUGGACAAUUCUGGGAGGGGGAAACACAGUACAUACGUCAUACACAUCACAAAUAUUUGACGUCAGACAGUAUAGUUCUUGAUAUUGGCGGAAACAAAGGCGAGGAUGCUGAGGCCAUGAUACAAGCUUAUCAUCCGGGCAUUUAUAUCAUCCUAGAACCAAUCAAUUCUUUCUUUACAGCGCUGGUCAAAAAGUUCAAAAACAACAAAAAGGUGACAUUAUACAACUUUGGAAUUGCCGCGAAAAAUGACGUAUUCAACGUAAAUAUCGUUGGGCAUGGUGGAGAUGCGACUUCCGUUUUCGCCUCAAACAAGGGAGGUAAAUGUGAGUUGAAGGUCUACAAUACAACUGAUUUCCUUUAUCGCCUAGGUGGUCCGUGUAUAGACAUAGACUUAAUAACCAUUAACUGCGAGGGAUGUGAGUUUGAGAUUCUAGAGACGCUUCUGUCCAGUGGUCUAAUAUCGCGAUUCAAACACGUCCAGUUUGCCACACACCCCAAUCUAAAACACUUACAGCGACCUGUCGAGCGGUACUGUGAAAUUCAGCAGAAACUGGCUAGAACCCAUGUCCUAACGUAUCAAUACAAGUUUUGCUGGGAGACAUGGAGAAGGAGGAGCCGUGCAUAAUUAUCAUAUGACAGUGUGUAAACAAGUUCACGGCGAGUCUCUCAUUUGGUGCGGUUCAGUAAUGAAUCUUAAUGAAGAAUGGCUGGGCAGGUCAUUCAUGAGACAUACGGGUUUCGUGUGAUCCUUUCAUGUUUAACUGAACCCGAUAUGAUGGGACCUUAUUGUCCUAACAGUGAACAAUAUCGUCGUUCAUAGACAUGAAAGGGAUAGGGGUAGUUUUCUACUUCAUAUACAUGUACUAAUGAAGGGCGAAUGUGAUAAGGCGCUUUAAUGAAUGACAGACGGUUUUGGGGUAAGAGAGUUGUCUGGCUUUAUGCGAAUAUGGACUGGUUGUAAGAGUGCAAACCUUCCGACACCGAAAUGCGUUGUAUAAUUACUCCAAGAUCAUUUUGUUUAUAUUACAAAUCAGUAGAACGCUCAUUAAGGAGGUAUACUACUCAGAAAAAUUUGAUAUGGAUGAAACGUGGAGAAUAUGUACAACAAUAUUUUGAAAAUUCAAAUUCACUUUAUUUAAUCAGAAAAUGCAGUUUUAAUAGAAAGUAAUUUUGAAAAAAAUUACCCCCCCCCCCUCCGACGGUUCAGCAGUCGACACGCUUUUUUCUCCUUUCUUGUACAUGUAUUGAUUAAUAUUUAAACCAAAGACAUAACACAGACUAAUCAUCAGUUAUAUUAUACACUGUACUAAAAACACUAUGUAUCUAAAAUGUGAACAGUAUCCCUCUGUUUCUUUCGAUGGAGGAUUUCUAUGUUUAAAAAAAAACUAACUUACUGAGUUACAAAGCUGUGCAAUUAAAUCGAACAGGAGUAGACAAAUAUUGCUGAUAUGCAUAUUUUCAUGCAUGUUUCAAAAGGAAGUCGGCCAUUAUGACGAUGUAGUACACCUCAUUAAAUCCCGUGAUGUGUGUUCAUGUUGCAGAUGUGCGUGAUACAAAUGUAUUUAAAAUACCCGGUGAUUUUAGGCUAGUGUGAUGUUGUAAGAGCAUUCAUUCAUAAUCAUUCUCUUUUAUCUUUUUGUAUCAGUCGUUGAUAUCAGCCGUAAAGGAUAUUCGAGAAUUUUAACUGCAUCAAGCGUAUAUUAUGUGUUAAAAAUGGCUUUCUGUAAACAAUUGUUAACAGAAUUAAAACAAAAAAAAAUCAUAUACUGUAUUUAAAACGUCAAGCACCUGUAAAUACAUUUUACAUAUUUUUCUGUAGAUUGUUUUGGUAUUUACAUGCAUGAAUUUGUGUUGACUACCUUUCGAACAAUAUUAUGUGACGUAACAGCGUUUUAUCAUCGUCUGUUUCUCUAUCUUAUACAUUAAAAUAGCUUACUGUU